GCCGCCGCCGCCCCAGACGCGGUCCCUGCUUGGCCGCACCACCCACUGCUGCCGCGCUCCGCACACGCCGUGGGCCGUGGCCUCGUCCGGCGCGGGGCCGGGGAUGCGCCUGCACCAUGGCCCUGCUGGGCUGGUGGCUCGGCACGGCGCAGUGGCUUGCGCUGGUGUCGCUUUUCGUCGCUGCGCUGGCCACCGUGGGCCUGUACCUGGCGCAGUGGGCGCGGGUCGGGGCGCGACCCUCGCGCGUACUCCAGGCCGAGGGGGCCGUGGGGCGGCAGCCGGACGCGCUGCUGUCGUGGAUGCUGACGCUGGAUGGCUGGAGGACGCAGUGGUGGGCUGCCUGGGUGGCCGCCCUGAACGCUGAGGCCGCGAGGACCCGGGGCCCGCUGUGCCUCUCCUUCCAACAGGACCCGCAGCCAAAGCCCCUGGAGCUGGCAGUCUCAGAAGUGUCCAGCAUGGCCAAAUCAGCCCAGGAGAAGGUGGUGACCUGUCAUGCGGCGGGGGACACCCUGAAGUUCCUGGUCAGCACAGGGCUGGCCUCAGCGGGAGAUGCGGGACAGCAGCUGUGUGAUGUGCAUCUGAGCCCCGUGCACCUACAGCUGGAGUUCCACAUGAAGGAGAAGAGAGAAGACAUCCAGAUCCACUGGUCCUUCAUCCACGUGCCAGAUACUUCCAUUCAAAUCCAGCCCCAUGCCCCAGGGGAGGACCUGACUGUGGAGCGAGAGGCUAUGUCCGAAGCGCUCCAGGACCUCCUGAAGCGCCUGGUGGGCCCUGCCGCGCCAGCAGUGGUUCUGAGCACCAGGCCGGCGAGCCAGCAGGAGGCUCAGAAUCUGCCUCGCGCCUCCCCACCCACUCAGGACUGCUGCCCCCCCAAGCCUCCCAGGGCACAUGAACUGAGGCUGCAGGUGAAGAACAUCCAGGCCUCUCUGCUCAGCCACCUGGGGGCCUCAGGUGGCCCUGUGUGCACUGUGCAGCUGAAUGACCCAGCUCAGAUGUUCGCCAGCUCUCAGCUGAGGAACAGUGCCAACCUCUUGUGGGCAGAAGAAUUCACCUUUGAGCUCAACGCCAAGUCCAGAGAGCUGCACCUGCAGAUCUUGGAGGAGGGGCAGCCCUCAGAAGGUCCACUGGCAGUGGCAGCCAUUCCGCUGGACUUGUUUAGGAAGCAGCCCUCCGGACCACAGAGCUUCGCGCUGACCAGUGGUCUGGGCCUGGGCAGCGCGGUGCUGGGCUCCAUCACUGCAGAGUUCUCUUACGUGGGCCCGGGGGAGCCCAGAGCCCCGCCAGCACCUCUGCCCACUCCAGCUGCGAAGGUAGAGAAGGACCGCACUGUGCUGCCCUGUGGCACCGUUGUCACCACCAUCACUGCCGUGAAGACCAAGCCGCGCUUCGAGCCAGGCAGGGCAUCUGAAUCUCCCGUGAGGACGCCCAUCAAGGUGAAGGUCAUCGAGAAGGAUAUCUCUGUGCAGGCCAUCGCAUGCCACAGCACACCGGUCAGCAAAACGCUAUCCUCUUCAGACACAGAACUGUUGGUGUUGAAUGGUUCCGAUCCGGUGGCCGAGGUUGCCAUUCGGCAGCUCAGUGAGUCCUCAAAGCUGAAGCUCAAGUCGCCUCGGAAGAAGAGUACACUCAUCAUUUCGGGGGUCUCCAAGACCUCCCUCUCUCAGGACCAGGACGCUGCCCUCAUGCUGGAUUAUGCAGCCUCCAUGGACAGCACCCCUCAGGAGGAUGCCCUGGCCACCACGCCGGCCACCCUAGAGGCAGCUGCACCCUCUGCUCCACCUGCCCAGGAUGAGCCCACCCUGGUGCCUACCGCCCCUGCAGCCCUGGAGCCCGGGCUGGAGCCCUGGGAAGUGGAGACGGUGGAGGAGGAAGCCAGGAGCAGGCCCUGCUUGCUGGAGCCCGACGGCGAUGAGCUCUCCGAGAGCUCCUUGAGCGCCUGGGAGCUGGGUGUCCCCAAGAAGCGAAAAGGAGGAAUCCUCAGGAAAGGUGCAAAGCUGUUCUUCCACCGGCGGCACCAGCAGAAGGAGCCAGGCCUGAGCCAGUCACACAACGACCUGCUGUUCCUGCAGCAGCCAGAGGGGGCCCACAGGAAAAACAAGACCCUCACCCGCAUCCUCAACAAGAGACUGCUCCCCUGGCAGCGGGGCAGGGAUGCCACUGUGAACGGAGUGCCCGCAGAGCCCUGCACGUAGCCCGCCCGCAGGGCCACCUCCUUCCUCAGGGAGCCACAGAUGGGGGCCACGAUGUGCCCAGGACAGAGCAGGGUACCUGCUGCUGCCCAAUGCCUGCCUAGCUUGCUUGGUUUCUUCCAACAGUCUAAGCUUUGGAAGGGAAAACAGCCAGCAUUUGCAGCCAGGAGCUUUGCCCAAAGAAUGCUGAUGAGCCCAGUUCGUGCCAGGUGCCCCCUGCAACAUCUGCCACCUCCAGCUCAGGCCAUGCUCCAGCCUGGGUGUGGGGCUUUUCUGGAAGGAGGGGAAUAAUGUGAUGUGACUGACAGUGGUGGUAAGGGGCAGGCAGAACCAGUUUCACUCACUGCACCCACAAGCACAGCACUGGGGGCCAGGCCUGACUGUAUUAGGAGGAGGCAGUGACCCCGUGCUGUCCCCAGGCACCAGAGGGGUGGGACACCUACCUGCCUAAGCCUCUGCUGGAAUUACAAUGCACCUCGCCCAGGUGACAGGAAGAUGACGGGAUUUUUGAUAAAUGCAAGUUAUGAUAGGAAUGGAAAUCUAGGAAGGCACUUGCCUUUAGUAUUAGUCAUAGAACUUGCACAUGUGUGCAAUCCCAACAUAAGUCCUAUGCAUAUUUUGCUCGGCGCUUCCAAAUUCACCUGGAGCCUCCUUGCAGGUGCAGAUGUGUGCAGGGUGCUGUGGUUCCUAUGCUUUCCUAGUCCUGUCAAGCUCAGGGUGCCCAUGGGGCUAGGGAUAGGAAGUCAGGGCAGUGAGCACUGGGUCACCAAAUUCACAUGCACGAGUCUUGCCAAAUGCCAUUGACUGCCCAAAGUCUGUCCGGGGCUGUCAUGGAAAUGACCUUGAGUCUCAGGGGUCAGCCUUAGGAAUACAAGUGUAAUAGCAAAAGGACCAGCUCGAAGGACUUUGUAGGGCUGUGCAGCAUUCUGCUAUGAACAGGGCGCCGUGCACAUUUUGGAGUGUCCUUAGGUGAGCAUAAGGGACUGAGAGCUCCCUCCAGCCCACGUGCAGUGAGCGCUUCGCUCGAGGCCUUGUGACCGUCUGCCUGCUCUAGGCCUGGUGACCGUCUGCAGCCCAGGACACAAGUGUACUCCAGAGCGACUGCCCUGGCCGCGGUGGAGCCUCCUCAGAUUCAGCUUCACUGAGCUGGAGAACGCUGGUGUGAAAACCUGACCCUAAGCACAGGUGUGGGAUGGGGCGCCAGCCUCACUGGAGGCCUUCUGUGAGUCCAGACCAUGGAUUUCAGGGGAGGCAGAGCCACUGAUGAGCAGAAACUGGGGAAAAGCCCCCAUUAUGGCAUUUGUUUUUCUUUCUUGUUUUUGAGGGAGAGAUUCAAAAACUACACCCGAAAUCUCACUUUGAAAUUCAUGUUGAACAUUUUUUAGGUAUUUAGAAGUUAGCAAGUGAAAUUAAGAUGACUUUAUAGCCACUUUCUCUUUUUUUAAGGUUCUGUUCUAAAGUUAGUCACUGUAAAAUUCAAAAAUCCACGAUGUUACCAAGUUAGUCCACAGAGUCAGUGACCACUACUUUUUUCUCUGAAAUGGAGGUCACCUUAAUCUUUUGUUGCACUUGAAGUAUUACUGUGUCAUUCUCUGGGCAGAACUUGUGACAUACAACAAUCUAUUUUUUUUCUUUUCUUUUGGGAUUGAAGCCACAGCCUUGCACAUGCUAGGCAAAUACUCUACCUCUGAGCUUCACUCCCAGACAUUUAAAGAAAAAAUAUAUAUAUAUGGGGGAGUGUCUAAGUUUUCCAGGCUUGAACCUGGCAAUCCUGCUUCAGCCUCUGAACAGCUGGGGUUAGGACAGGUUGUGCCACCUUGCCAAGCUACCCAGGCUUAGUCCUAAGAAGCUAUGGUGUGUUGGAAUUUCAGGCCCUGAUCAGAAGUAUUUGAGUACAGACUAAGGACCCUUGUCCAAAGAGUUUCACAAGUCAAAGUUUUUCUGAUUUUGGAGUAUGUGAAUAGGCUUUCCUGAUUGUUCAUCCCUUCUUUUGAAAACCCAAACUACUCAGAAACCUGGCAAGCGCAAGGUCCCAAGUUCAAUCCCUGGUACCAAACAAAACAAACACCCCAAGAAAUCUGAAACUUUUUGAGUGUCCCAAUGCUCAGGCCUCAGAUCUUUGUGUGAAGGAGGCCUACUGACACCUUUUCUGUGGUUUGGUUUUGAAAUUCCAGUGGGUCCCUGCAUUCCAAUGUUCAGCAUCUGAAUUUUAGCUGUGCUUUUUCUAAACAGAAAAAGCUCUUUUAACCAUCCUGUUCCUAAGUGAGCCUCCCAAGCCUCUGCCCACUGUUUAUGUCCCUGUGUGGAGCUGGCUUCCUGCGGGCGGUGUGUGUGUCCUCCAGCAAGUGGCCUUUCCUGUGACAGAGAACAGGUGUAGCAGAGGAUGACAGGGAUGUCAGAGAUGGCAGGAGGCCUUGGGGGCACCUGAGGAAACAGCUGUCCUGAAGUUGUGAAGGCCCUUUCCCAGCAUCUGCUGGGGCUAUUUCUUCAUGGUGUAAGAUGUGUCAGAUCGAGUCAUUAAAGAUAAAGAUGGGCUCAGGUGACACAGCACAUGCCGAGGAUGCUCAUGGGUGACUUACCUGCCACAAGCUUUGGUGGAUUCAGGUUUUCGUUUUUUUUUUUUUUUUUUUCUUGAUAAAUUUUUUUUUGUGGAUGAAAAUUUAAAAGCAAUUCUCCCUGAAACACAAAUAGUGACACAUUUGUGUCUCCAGAAGCAAGCGCUGGGGCUGGCUAGGAAUGGGCCACUACCCCUCGGCCAGCCUGCUUUGUUAGGGGCUGCCUGUGUCCUUUGCGCCCUUUGGGAGCAUGUGUAUAUUUCCUGUAGCAAUAACAGAAGUCGGGACCUCUUGUUCCGGUGGAAAACCUGCUGUGAAGAGGAUUCACAAGAGCACUUUAUUUUAACCAAGUACCAAGUUCAAGUCCAACGCUAGCCCUGGAUUCCUCACCACGGCUGCCUGGCUGGUCUCUGCCCAUCUAGAUUUUUGGCUGCAUCUGCCGAAGAGAGGCUGGCAUUUUCUUCUUGAGCAGAAAGGGGCCUCACUGCAUUGCUGCCACCAGAAAGUGGGCAUUUUGUGGGUCACACACUGGAGAUUUUGGGGCUUUGACCCUCAGCAUCACACAGCUGGACACUGGAAGUCAAACUGCGCACCUCUGCCGGUGGAGCACAGGUCUGUCUCGGUAGCAAGCCUGAUGCCAAGCUGUCUCCACUGCCCCACAGGGAGACAGUGGAACCCCAGAACUUCAGGGUUCUCUGCUGAUCCUAGACGGUAUCCCACUGUCACUAAGGCUGUCCCUGGUGCUGUUUCAGACCCACAGUAAAAGAGAAGAAAGGUUCCCAGGGGUGGAGAGCAGCGUGGGCACUGGAUUCUGUGGUGGCAACUGCAGCCUAGCAGCACUUUAGACACAGGCUCGACCCCGCACCGGCCUGGCCAAGUCCCACUGAGGACGCCUGGCUGCAGUGGGAGUGGCCAUUGGAAAAAAUAAAUGUGCACAUGGAACACA